AUGGAAGAUAUCUGUUCAUUAGCCAUGGUAAACAAGUGCUUUUACAAGCUGGUAAAUCUGGAUUUCAAAAAGUUGUGUUACCAUCAUGUGGUCUAUCGCCUAAAAGACGAAACUUGGGCAUAUGCUUUUUCAAAGUGGGUUUCAGUUAUGUUACCUUGCUCCAGCUUAUUGUCCUCAACCCUAUUUUGUCCCUCUCUUUCUUCAACUCUACACUGCUUUUCUUCUUCUUCUACCAUCUCUUGUUUACUCCCCUAUUAUGCUUCCUUGUAUUAUAAAUUUAUUUUAGAUUCGGAGAUCGUUCAUACUAUAUAUCGGGCGCAGGAUUCUACCAUGAGCAUUCUGUUUGUUGUCCAUUUACUGGUAAAAUGGCGAUAACUCUUAAGAAUGGCUAUGUCAUCCUGAACAAUAUCGACUUUUGCCUUAAGCAGUUCACUAUCGUCGACUUUACAUUGUAUGUGAGGAAGAUAAGGCGUGUUGACAUAAUCAAUCGAGGAACAGAACUUAUGAUAUUUAGCCACAAUGUCAUUUUAAUAUAUGAUUUGGACAGUAAGGUGACCUAUUCAUACAAAUAUCAACACUUAUGUUUAUCUGGUUAUCAUAUCAUUCGUAACGAUGAUACUAUUUUUGAUCUGUUUACGAAAAAAGAGUUUAAAAUUGGCUCACAAUAUGGUAGGAUACACUACAGUAAUAUGUAUGACAAUGCCAACUAUGUUGGAGUGUACACAACAGACAACAAACUUGUGAUAAAUGAUAAGCGGACAGAUGAAAGACAUCAAGUUUGUGAAUGGACGCGUCAUAAUGUGGUUUAUAUCAUAAAUGAAAACGAUUCUACUGUAAUUUUUUGUAAGACCUUUAAUUAUAUAACAGAGUUUAUGUAUACCCCCCCCCCUUUACCCUACCCUACAUUAAGCUAUCCUACCUUACUUCAAUUUUCUUUAUUUUAGAUGGCAUUGAACCAUGUUGUAUAUACAGUAUGAAAAAAAGAAAAUUUGUUUUUUUUAACGAGGAAGGUGACGACUGGGUUUUCAUCAAUUCUAAUACUCUUUUCAAUGUAACAACCAGUUCCGUAAGGUUUUAAAGCUGUAAAUUUAAAAUUUUAAAAAAAUCUUAUUUGGUCUUUUUAAGUUCAUGGUGUACAACAAACGAAUGGACUGUUGGCAAAUAAAACCAAGCGAUCUCAACCUUCAAUUGAAACGAAAUUCGUUCAGGUUUAGCGUGGCCGACAUCGCGCCACUACCACACUACAGAGUAAUGGAAUAUGGAAUCGAUUCAAAAUGGCAUUGUAAAACGCGUUUAUUUGAGUUUUGA